AUGAAGGACCGACUAGGAUUCAGAAUCGUGCUCUGUUCUGCGGUUUUCAUAAUUCUAACACAAAACAGAGCUCUCGCAGACUUUGACAGCGAGUCCCAUGAGUUUAACUCAGAAGAAUCAGUAGGAGAAGAAGAAUGGGAGAUGGUUGAGAGGAAAGGGAUGCAAUUUACCCAAAAUGGACAACCAUUCUACGUGAAUGGCUUCAACACAUACUGGAUGAUGGUUCUUGCAGCUGACAAUUCCACGAGAGGCAAAGUGACGGAAGUGUUCCAACAAGCCUCCGCAGUUGGAAUGACGGUAGGCAGGACAUGGGCUUUCAAUGACGGCCAAUGGAGAGCUCUCCAGAAAUCUCCCUCUGUUUACGAUGAAGAGGUCUUCAAGGCCCUGGAUUUCGUGGUGAGCGAGGCCAGAAAGUACAAGAUCAGACUUAUACUGUCAUUGGUCAACAACUGGGACGCAUAUGGCGGCAAAGCUCAGUAUGUUAAAUGGGGGAACGCCUCCGGCCUUAAUCUCACCUCUGAUGACGACUUCUUCACCAACCCCACUCUAAGAAACUUCUACCAGUCUCAUGUCCGG